CUGCCUCACUUUAUUUCUUUUAUUUCUCUUUUUUUAUUUUUAUUUUCCUUUUACUCGCGUAAGGCCCUGCACACGCAGAUGCCGUGGCUUUUUUCCCACCACCCCCGGCUGACCUCUUCUCAUCAGAGACCAACCAACCAACAGCCCAGUUAGUGCCAUUUGCGCAGCCCGGCCAGCCGCCUUGUCGUCUCCUCUCCUCACUCACUCUUUCUUACUCCUCCUCCUCAUCGGUGAUUUCGCUUUUCCUUUUUUCUUUUCCUUCUUUUUUCCCCUCUCCCAAUCAAUCAAUCCAUCUUCCCAGCGUCCAGUCGUCUUUUCUACGCAAACACCUCGUACGCCAUACAAACAUGGACGCUUCCAUCCACUAAACCUCGCCAAUACACACACACCACACACAACGUACUAGUAUCGCAGCUGCUGUUGCUACUACGCCAAAGAGCAACAUCCCGUUCGUCACACCAUCCGCAUCCCGCCCCAACCACAGCCAACUUUGCCAGCUGCCCGCCAGCUGGUAAACCCGUGCUGCUACUCGUCUUUGUCUUUCUGUUGGGAAUUCUCACCACUUUCUUCUCUUUCCCUCUUUUUUUAAUUUUCUCCCAGCAUCACAACCCAUCCCGUCACAAUGGGUUCUUCCGCAGAGCACCACCAGCACCUCUUCCACCAGCCGCGCUAUCAACCGGCUGCUACUGUUGCUGCUGUUGGUCACAGCCAUGCGACGACUACGCAUCACUCGCACGCACACCACAACCACCAUUUCUCGGCAGCAGCAAGAUCAAGGAGCACAAUCACGCCAGACGGGCCUUCGCCCAUCACCCCGCGCGAUCACAGCCCCCAAGCUCCCAUUGAUAUUGUAGAUGCCACCCAGGAAAUUGCCGUUCUGCGCGCCCGCAUGAGAACCCUCGAGAAGCUUGUUGAGCGUCACGGUCUCGAUCUCCAGGAGCCAAAGGUCAACUCCCCGCCGCCGCCUCCUACAUAUCGUUAUUCGGAUCCCUCUGAGCCUCCUUCUGCUACUACAGAACAUGGCAGUAGCUAUUCUUCAUGGCUCUCCAAGCAUGCUACCGCCCAAGCCGCUGCAUCCCGCCGCUCUUCUGCCCAGUAUGACGACGCCCACCACCAGCCACAGCAACAUCAACAUCAAUAUCAUCAUAGCCACCACCAGUCUUCUCCUAUGCCACGCGCAGAGGACUUUGCCUACAAUGAUGCCCGCCGCAGAACCACAUCGCCCUACCGCUCCUCGCCGCCUCCUCCCCUCCUGCACCAGCGCUACUCCUCCGUCUCCUCCGUAGCACCAUCCAACUAUAUCGACCUCACCCGUCCGUCGUCAUCCCACCACCACAGCAGCCAACAUCGCGCUUCUCAAGAACCUCCCUCCGCUUCAUCCUACCAGUCGCAUGAGAACCACCUACCCCCGCUGCGAAACAUUCCCUCAAUGGAAAGCACUCGCCAUUCGCCGGAGCAUGUCGCCCGCCCCGUCGAGCCAUUCCUCCCUCCUCUGCAACCUGAUAGAACGUCUGUCAUGCGCCUCGAGUCCAUCAACGAGCUGGCACUCUUAGCAAACGACGACCGCUGCCUUCGCUGCCGAGCUAGUCAGCAAGAAUGCGAUUCCAACGAGACUUGCACCACCUGUGCUGACCAUCCCGCCUCCCCCUUUGGCAUGGAGUGGCAUCUGCUGGGGUGUCACAGAGGCUCCCUGACCUCUCUCACUGAUAGUGUCAUUCCUCCUCAUCUCGACUCGUGCCGAUCGCCCUCCCCCGGACCCGUUCAGCACCUCUCUCGUAUCGAAACUGUCAACUUUCUGCGCUCCGCCCUCCACGUUGCCCCCGGCAUCGCCAGUCUCGUGGAUACCAGCCUGGACUUUUCUGACAAGGGUUGGUGGUCUGCUGCGCUGCCAAACCGCGAAACAGAUGUGACACCAACGUCUGGUGCCUACGACAUGUUCCUCGCGCCCCCUUCUAUUCUAUGCGCUUUGGCUGCCUCGUCUGCCUGUGCUGAAGCACCCCUAAGCCUCAUUGAGCUCAUUAGCUGCACCGGCCACUUAUCCGGAGGCCGCGCUUCCGAAGAGAGCAUCUAUCCCAUUCUCUACCACGCCAAGACAUUGCUUCGUGAGACGGCCUUUGUUGCUCUCGCUGGCUCCCGACCCGUGUUGUCUGCCGACGUUGGUUCGUCCAAGCUUCUGGCUAGCCUUGACUUGGAGGAUCAGCUUCACGCUUUACGACCUGCUCUGUUCCAGUUCCUUCGUGCCAUUGAUAGCAUUCGCUCCCGCGGCAAGUCUGGUCCCCGUGAUUGGCUCGCCAUCUUCCAUGCCAUCUGCAUCUUCAGUGUCGUUCGAAGUAUCUUGGUGGGUGUCUUUGUUUCCAACUGUGCUGAUGCGGCUCUGGAUACCUACCCUGCCGUCAUCCACGCCAUCUACAAGUCGCUUGUUCAUCUCUUUGGUGCCUUGUGCAGCUCUCCCCUCGACAGCAUGCAUGAGUUUAGCCGCGAAGAGGGCGCAGUUGCUUUCCAAAAGACUGCAUCUAUCGUCUGCCGUGGCCAGUGGGGCUCGCAGGGCAUCCGCAACACCACAGACUUCCUCCUCCGUCUUGGUGAGGCUCAUGGCCCCUCAUUCUUCCUCCUUGACGAAUCCGUCUUGACCCUUCUCACUCGCCGUACUAGCGCCGCUCCAGCCAACUCUCUCAAGCGUCAUGCCACCUCGCCUCCUGAUGCUGAUGAGAGCUUCCAUGUCGUCAAGCGUAGUGCCUCUGUGCCCAAGGGCUCAUCAUUUGCCUCGUACCAACGCCCUCCUGUCCGCCGUGUGUACUGCAACAAGUGCACCGACUACCCCGAGGGCUUCCGUGGUGAGCACGAGCUCCGCCGUCACUGCCAGGCACGCCAUUCGGCCCUCGUCAAGCGCUGGAUCUGCAAUGACCCUGGUCCUUCUGCCCGUGGCUCCAUCCAACCCGUCAUCCCUCUAUCCAACUGCAAGGCAUGCUUGAUGAAGAAGCACUACGGUGCCUACUAUAACGCUGCCGCUCAUCUGCGCCGCGCCCACUUCAACCCGCAAAAGGGUGGCGGCAAAGCUUCUGGCGAUUGGCCGCCUAUGGCCGUGCUCAAGGAAUGGAUGCACGAGAUUCAGCAACCCCCCGAUGCUAAUACCAGCUCGGUCAAGGUAGUCAAGAACAAGCAUACGCAGCAGCAACAACAACAACACCAGCAGGCCAAGGAGGAGCACAUCUCGCCCGAGCCCCAUGACAUGACACCUCCCCCAGUCACGGUGAUUACCAUCCCCGAGUACUCUCCCGAGCCGUCUAUGCCCCCAUCAGCGGUUAGCGAGACCCCGGAGCCAUCGUCGCAGACCUACUACAUGGACUCACACCCACAAUCGUCGUCUCCUACCUACGGCACUCGCUGCCCUCAUCCCGACUGCGGACGUGUUUUGCGCGACUUGGCUGCGCACAUGCUUACUCACCAGGCCGAGCGCCCAGAGAAAUGCCCUUCCCGCAGCUGCAUUUAUCAUAGUAAGGGUUUCGCUCGCAAGUAUGACCGCAACAGACAUGCUUUGACUCACUACCGCGGCACGCUUGUCUGCCCUCUGUGCCCGGAAAAGGACUUGCACGGUGAAGGCGUCUUCCACCGCGCCGACGUCUUUAAGCGUCACUUGGUCACUACCCACCGCAUCGAACACAAUGGUGCUGCCUCGUUUGCCGGCGGCUGCGCUGUGUGCAAGAGACCAGCUGGUAGCUUUACGACUCUUGGCGAGUACUAUGAGCACUUGGAUGAGUGCAUUCUGUCUGUUCUCAACGAACAGUAGACGCUUUCACCUCCUCUUCAACUAUUACUUUCUAUUCACGUGUUUCUUUUCUUUACGGUGGUACACAUGUUUAUUUUGCAUGGAGUUGCAAAUAUCUUUUUGUUUAUAAUUGUUCACUCUUUUUUUUUUUUUUUUUUGGAAAUAGGUGGAUGGAUGUGAUUGGUGAUGAUACCCAUGAAGUAAGGAAAAGCAGCAGAGAGAGACGACUGUCUUGCAGUGUGUUCGUGCCCAGUUGGC